UGACUCCGCCCCUAACAAGAGGGAAACAAGCGAGCGUGCGCGCCUCCAGGGUCUCCUGGGAAGGGUAGUUCUCCCGGGCCCGAUCUCUUAGGCUUCUGGGAGAUGUAGUUUCUAAUCUGUAGGCGGGACGGAAGGAGCGGGGGAGGCCCCUUACGCAAACUACAAUUCCCGGCGGGGAGCGCGCUGAAGAGGGGCGGGAUCUGAACAUGGCGGCGGUGGUAGCUGCUACGGCGCUGAAGGGCCGGGGGGCGAGAAAUGCCCGUGUCCUCCGGGGGAUCCUCUCAGGAGCCACAGCUAACAAGGCUUCUCAGAACAGGACCAGAGCACUGCAGAGCCACAGCUCUCCAGAGAGCAAGGAGGAGCCUGAGCCCCUCUCCCCUGAGCUGGAGUACAUCCCUAGAAAGAGGGGGCGGAACCCCAUGAAAGCUGUGGGACUAGCCUGGUACAGCCUGUACACCCGCACCUGGCUCGGGUACCUCUUCUACCGGCAGCAGCUGCGCAGGGCUCGGAAUCGCUACCCCAAAGGCCACUCCAAAACCCAGCCCCGCCUCUUCAACGGAGUGAAGGUGCUUCCCAUCCCCGUCCUCUCGGACAACUACAGCUACCUCAUCAUCGACACCCAGGCCCGGCUGGCUGUGGUUGUGGAUCCUUCAGACCCUCGGGCUGUGCAGGCUUCCAUCGAGAAGGAGGGAGUCACCUUGGUUGCCAUUCUCUGCACCCACAAGCACUGGGACCACAGUGGAGGGAAUCGUGACCUCAGCCGGCGGCACCGCGACUGUCGGGUAUACGGGAGCCCUCAGGAUGGCAUCCCCUACCUCACCCACCCCCUGUGUCACCAAGAUGUGGUUAGUGUGGGACGACUCCAGAUCCGGGCCCUGGCCACCCCAGGCCACACGCAAGGCCAUCUGGUCUACCUGUUGGAUGGGGAGCCCUACAGGGGUCCCUCUUGCCUCUUCUCAGGGGACCUGCUCUUCCUCUCUGGCUGUGGACGGACCUUUGAGGGCACUGCAGAGACCAUGCUGAGCUCACUGGACACUGUGCUGGGGCUGGGGGAUGACACCCUGCUGUGGCCUGGUCAUGAGUAUGCAGAGGAGAACCUGGGCUUCGCGGGUGUGGUGGAACCCGAGAACCUGGCCCGGGAGAAGAAGAUGCAGUGGGUACAGAGGCAGCGGAUGGAGCGCAAGAGCACGUGCCCAUCCACCCUGGGAGAGGAGCGCACCUACAACCCAUUCCUGCGGACCCACUGCCUGGCGCUGCAGGAGGCUCUGGGGCCAGGCCCAGGCCCCACCGGGGAUGAUGGCUGCUCCCGGGCCCAGCUCUUGGAAGAGCUCCGCCGGCUCAAGGACAUGCACAAGAGCAAGUGAAGCCCCCACCCCAGCCCAGCCCAGCCCACCCCCACGGUGGGGAGGCCACCCACCACCCACACGUCACCAUCCUCAUCACCACCUCCUCCAUCGGUGCCCACUUGGCAUCAUGCACCCACCCUGGUCGGGGGGAAGGGUGGGACCAGGCAGUGAGACCAAGAGGAAGGGAUCAAAGGCUUGAAGACCCCCAGAGUGAGGCUGCGUCAUCAAAGGUAAAAGGAAAAGAUGGGCACCUGGACCUCUCCAGACCCUGCUAACUUUGAGGGUCCCCUCCUCCCUUCUCCGACUUCUGGGACAGGCACGAACAUGGAGGCUGCCGUGCUGCCCUCCCAGGAGGCCUCACUCUCACUGUAACCCUGGCACCCAGGGAAGCAGGUGCCGUGCCAGGUUGAGUCCAUUUUCCACCUUCCCCAUUCACAGUUGGGGCCUCCAGCGUGGUGCCUUGGGAAAGCAGUCACCGGCAGGGGCAGCCAGACGGGUGACCAGGACCCUGCCCAUGGCACUUUCAAAGGCACCUGCUCACCCUACACAGCUGGCCUGAGCCACCCCCACCCCCCGCCCUCUGCCCCUGCCCUGGGCCACAAGGGCCUCCUUCCCGGGGGAGAGAGGGCCACGGCUGGCUCGGCCGAUGCACUUUCUUCAUUUUGGCCCUUGUUCUUAGGAAUUUCUGCCUGCCUUCUAUCUUUCUUAAUUCCCCUUGUUUUAUCUUCAACCUCUUUCCUCUUUGAGUUAGCGAUUUAUUCUUUUAGCCCUGACAUUCACCUGGCCUUUGCAGUUUGCCAGGAACACUCAUUCCUGUGUGAUUUUCCUUGGCAUCAUUGGCCCCAUCCUGGCUGGAAGGAGGAGGCUCUGUGCAGCGGGCCGGACCCUUCCGCUCUGCUCACCCGCGUCCAGCUCUGCUUCUCUGGUCUUGGGUCCAGGCCCCUUUGGGGCCGCAGUGAAGAACCCUCGGUCCUCAGGCAGGCGCCCAUGGGUCAGCCAGAGCCUCUCUUCCUGGUCUAAGCCUUCCGAGAUGCGCUGUCCUCAGUUUCCCCUGCCCAUCUGGCCUCUCCAGCCCCGCUCCUGGAGCCCAUUCUAGCAAUACCACCAGACUAGUUAGCCUCCCGCCCCCAAGACAUGCAGACUCUCGCCUCGGUGCCUUUGCUCCCGCUGCUCCUCAGGCCGGAAUGCCUUCCCCGCUCCUCCGCCUGGUCUGCCUGGCAAACGCCCAUCCAUCUCUCCCAGGCCCCUCCCUAGGAAGGCGCCCCCGCCUCUCCCUUCCAGGCUACCUCUGCACUUUGUAAAUGCUUCUCUCUCAUGGCACUUAUCACAUAUAUUUUACUUGUUUACAUGUUUGUCUCCCCUUCUAGACUGUGAAUCUUUAAGGGCAUGGACUGUAUCUUACGCAUCUCUCUGUAUUUCUGCGCCUAGCACGGUGCCUGGCACAUAGUAGGCGCUCAAUAAAUGUUGAAUGAAUGAAUGAAUGAAUGAUUUAA